UACUACAGGGAAAUCAAAGCAGGUAGUCUGGCCAUGGUUUGGUGUCUCUGUAUAUUUUUACUGGCCCCUUUGACACAGGGUCUUGAUUUGUCAGAGGUAUUACAGAAACACGUAACCGAGGUGGAGUACGAAGAAUUUUCUAGAGUCGAUUGUUUACCGUCAUCUAUAUUCACAAACCAUGGGAUGCCCCAUCACCUGCAGUGUAGCUUCCACCACCGAGGCGAGGAGGUCAAGCUGGACCUCAUCCGUAAUAGUCCUCACAGAUACCAGGUUCCUGUGUACUCGUUCAAUGACCAGAAAGUUGAACAGGAAACAAGACACGACCUUGAAGCCAAGAAAGAUCCAACAGACUUCUACCAAAACCAGGAUGGCACUGCAUCAUUUAAAGUCUCAAAAGUCAAAACCAAUUCUGGUGAACAUUAUACUCUAACAGGGUAUACAUUUCGAGAAAUGAGUCAUGUGAUCUUGCAUCCACUGCCUGGAAGAGAGGACCACAGAAUUGCUAUUCCUCGAAACUUGCACUAUAAGUCAAAUCUGAAGUAUGAUAUCACAGAUAAGAGGUUCGCUUCCUCCCACGAGACGUACAGAAGAGCCGCUCCCCAGGGAUCCGCCACCCUACCCCUCCAGACGGCCGAGAUCCUGGUGGUGGUGGAUUACAAGUUCUAUAGCAGCCUCGUUGCAAAUGAAACAGACUUCACGCACGGAACAACCUCUGGUGUCUCGUCUUUCCUCAGCGAGUACAUCUCUCUCCUGUUUGACACGACAAAUAUCCCAUACAGAAACCUGGUUAGCGGUGGAAUACACCUUGUUUUAAAACCCGUGGGAAUUGUUGUUGCUAAGCAAAAAACUGCAUCACCAUGGACAGAAACAAGUUUGUUAAAUUCCACGGAGUUCCCAGAUAUCGCCAAUGCGUCUGUUGUCUUGGAUAAAUUCCAUGAUUACGUGGUCCACCACAAAGGCCUGCCUCCGCACGACCACGCCAUGCUCCUCACAGGAUAUAAAAUGAAAGACAGCACCAUUGGAAAGAAUAACUACACGAACAUUUUAGGUAUCGCCUCUCUGUCAGCGAUGUGUGGGAGAAGGUCCCAGUCCGUCGUCUCCUCACAGUUUGACUUCACUCCCGCCUUCACCAUUGCUCACGAACUCGGACACAGUUUUGGAUGCGAACAUGAUGGUGAAAACAAUACUUGUCCCGAGGAUGGUCACGUGAUGAAUUCCACUUCCGCUAGAAAUACAUCCAAUAUCUGGCAGUUCUCCUCUUGUUCCGAGUCCUAUAUAAAAACUUUGCUGCACAAACUAGACAGAACCCACAAGAACUGUCUGCUGACCCAGGAGAACCACGCCGUGGACCCGUCCCUGACCGUACACGAGCACGAUUUGUACGGACAGAUCUACUCCGCCGACCAGCAGUGCCAGAUCUACCUCGGCCACGACUCUUUCAUGGAAAGGGAUGAUUUUAACUUCACCGGGGCCUACCAGACGGCGUUCUGUCUACAAAUGGUCUGUUACGAUCCGGUCAACCAUGAGGAGUUCAAUCGGUACGCCGUGCCCGGGGACGGAACAACAUGUGGGCACCAAAAGUGGUGCAUGGCAGGGGCGUGUAUUCAUCAACCGACUUUGACGCAUAGUUCUGAUAGUUGUCCCCAAGGCGAGGUCCCCGAUAAAUGGCUAAGACUUUAUUACUACGAGGAUUCUCCAGAACUCCAUUCCUUUCACUUCACGUCAUCCUGUAUGGCUUACAUACAAGCCAGACCCGAGCAGUGUUACAUUCCAGAAAUAAGAUACUCAUGUUGCCAAAGUUGUAGCAAUGUACCAGAGUACACUAACGGUGUCCUGCCAGAAUCUGUAUACAAUGCCGUACUUCCGGAGGACGCUCAGUGUAAACAGACUCUCGGGAGCUCGUCCUAUUACUGUGGGAGAAAGGUGUACGGUGACAAUGAGACUGACCUUUUCUGUACCCAGCUGCGAUGUUACCUGCCGAUAGAUGAUCUCUGUCAUUACCUGGUGCCCCAGGACGGUACCAGGUGUUCUUAUAACAAGUGGUGUGUAAAUGGCGCAUGCAUGGACGAUCCAAGAGCUCUACUUCCUACAGAUUACAGGCAUGUUCCCAGUCCUCAGCAGCAGUGCCAAGAUUCAUACGGCGCGCAUGGCAAAUUCUGCGGGAGAACAGAUACAUACUCUACCAAUUAUCACGAGAUAUGUAAAUCCCUUUACUGCAUAAUACCUGAACAAAAACUGUGUCAUUCCAUCAUGGCGUUAGAUGGAACGCCGUGUGGUACGAAAAUGGUUUGUCAGGGCGGGGAGUGUGUCCAUAGCGAUCACGGACUGGACCUGCCAGACGACUGCCUCUUUGUUGACAAAAGUACUUGGUGCCCAGCUAACAUUCUUGGGCGGGACACCGCCUAUAAAUGUACAUUCGGUAACAAUGAGAACGUGUGUUGUUACACCUGUCAGAAGUACGCCAACAUGUCCAUGCCAGCGGAUUGUCGAUAUGGAGAUGAACUUUCGUACACGCGCUACCAUCUGUCCUGUGACCAGCUGGUGACCCCGUCCCCCCAGCAGUGUUACGAGCCGUCCGUCCGAGAGAGAUGUUGUCAGUCCUGCUACAACGUCGCCUCCUCACUUCCGGGAAAGUCAAGACCCCCAUCAUUAGAUGAGCAGUGUCAUGUUCUAUUUGGAUCUAGCUCAUCCUUCUGUAAGAGAGUAGACGAUUACGCCGCUUCCUUUGAGCCUCUCUGUGGAACCAUGUAUUGUGCUGAUGCUUCUGGGAAGACGUGUCACGGAGUCAUCGCAGCGGACAGAACGCCCUGUGGUCCCAAAAAGUGGUGUUUGAAUGCAACAUGUGUCCAUGACGAUAACGCCCCAAACAUUCCAAACUCCUGUGUUGCUGGAGACCUACAUAGCUGGUGCUCCACCAAGAAGGCUGACGGCUCCUACAAGAACUCCUACGUGUGUUACACCAGUCAGAAGGACGAGUGCUGCGAUAUGUGUAACAGAGUCCACGCCCCCAACAACAAGGGUUGUGAGUAUGGCGACCACACGAGUUCCUGUGAGAGGUCCAAAUGUUCUACGUACGACGAUCAUUCCAGAAACGUCCUGUGUUGUAAAACCUGUGCUUAAUCUCAUGUUUUUUUUUACAAAUACUUGUUUCAAUAAAUAUCUUUAUUUUCUAUUGCA